AAACCUUAUGAAAAUACCUAUUUUUUCUUCUUAACAUACAAAGUCUAUGAGGGCUUUUAUAUUGCCAGCUUUUGUAUUAAUAGCACAUGUUUUUUCAAGAGAUUUAGAAGUUUCUGAAUUUAUUAAAGAUCCAGCUGUUUCAGAUGAUGAAGGAUAUGUACAAUUUUACAGAGAAUUGCUAUACAAUCCUUCUGUAGAAUUAGAAAAUUCAAUAACAAAUAAAGAGAAGAAUACACUUGAAUUUAUUAAAAAGAUCCGCUCUUCAUUAUCCAUUGAAACAGAUUCUAAAAAUCAAAAUGACUUUAUGGGUAAUUAUGCUCUUCAAGCAUUAGCAGGCUAUUUUAAACGCGAUUUCCCCAUUGAUGAAUGCAUUAAGUUAACAUCAAUUUGCUGUAGUGUUCUUAACACUACUGAAAAUAAUGAGAAAAAGGAAGGAUUAGAAAGAAUAUGUUCUGAUAAAGAAAAAUUUUGUAAUAAUCUAUCGAAAUAUUUUGAUGUGAUCUGCAUGCAAGUAAAAGAUCAACAAGAAAAAAUUGACAACUUUACAAAAGAAGUUUGCGCCAAGGAGAAUCAAAGAUGUCUCGAUCUUGAAGAAAAAUGUGGAAAUAUUCUAAAUGAAACAUGUAAAAAAGUGAAAGAAGAAUGCGAAAAAAUUAACGAAGGAAUAAAAGCACCAGAGAAGCCUGAAACACCGGAGAAGCCUGAAGCACCGGAGAAGCCUGAAGCACCGGAGAAGCCUGAAGAAUCGGAGAAUUCUGAAGAAUCAGAGAAGCCAGAAACUCCUGAUGAGCCUAAGAAAGAGGAUAAUCCUGAAAAAGAUGAUGAGUCUAAAACAGAUGAUGAGUCUAAAACAGAUAUUAUAAAUGAAUCGCACUUAGCAAAAUUCGAAGAAGUUACAUCACUUGAGACUAUACCUAUAACGGAUUAUACAGGUACUGGUACUAUAAUUGCUCAUAUAACAACGACAACUCUUGAGAUUCUAGAGACAUUUACUUCUCUGGAAACGGAAAUAGUGACAGUAACACGUUGCAAUUGCAGAUGUCGUUAUUCUGCAUGUACACAAACAAUAAUUAAUUGUCCUACACCAAAUCCGUCAGAGGAGCCAUCAGAGGAGCCCUCGGAGGAGCCAUCAGAGGAGCCAUCAGGGGAGCCAUCAGAGGAGCUAUCAGAGGAAGCGCUGGAGAAGCCAUCAGAAGAACCAUCCGAGGAAUCGGUAAUUGAAUCAGCAACGAAAACAGAUAAAAAUAAAGGAUGCGUAGUUUCAGAAACAUUAACGCUAACAUUAGAACCAACAGGUAACUCUGGAGAACUCAACAAAGCUAGUGGAGCAAAAAUUGAAGGACUUUAUAAUAAUAAAAUGAUUUUUGCGAUUACUGGGAUAAUAAUAGGAAUAUGGAUAAUUGUUUAAUACUAGAUUUUUCUUAUAUUUCAAAAUGUUAGGAAUGUAGAAAAUU